AUGAAGAAACAUGACAUCAAUCAUUAUUCCACGUAUUCGGUGUUGAAGGCAUCGGUCGUCGAACGAUCGUUCAAUCGUACACUGAAAAACGUGAUGUGGAACGAUAUGUGGAAGAUGUUUACGUUCAACGGACCUUACAAAUGGGUGGAUGAGUUGCCGCGACUUGUGUCGGAUUACAAAGCGCGCAAGCAUCGAACGAUCGGUAUGCGACCCGUCGAUGUUAUCCCCGCGAUCGCCGAAAAGCUCUUGGCUACGAUAUACAGCGCGAUAAAGAUAGCGGGUCCAGCAAAGUUCAAAGUAGAUGACUCGGAACACAUUACAUUAUUUUCAUCUUUCAUUAAACCCGGUACUUUCUUGUUUUUGAGCGGUAUAUCGUACACGUUGUUAGCCGGAUAA